AUGGGACAGAGCACUUCAAUGCCUCUGUCCCUGACCCUUGAUCACUGGACCAAAGUCCGCUUAAGGGCUCAGAAUCUUUCUUUUUCAGUAAAACGCCGGACCUGGAAGAUUCUCUGUGCCUCAGAAUGGCCCACCUUUGGAGUCGGAUGGCCCCCAGGAGGAUCUUUCUACUCCCCACUAAUUCAAAAAGUCAGAGAUAUUGUCUUUCAGCCGGGGCCACAUGGCCAUCCAGAUCAACAGCUGUAUAUCUUAACUUGGCAAGACCUCUGCGAAUCUCCUCCUCCAUGGGUGAAGCCUUUCCUUGUCCCUGCCCCCGCUCCUAUUCCUUCCCCCAUGAUUCUAUCUCUCAAAUCCUCUGCUCCUCCUCCUCCUCCACCCUCUGUUCUCCCUGAGUCUCUAGAUUUGACUCUACUGGACUCUCCUCCCCCUCCUUAUCUCCUGCCCUUGUCCCCCAACCCCCAACACCCUCUAAAUGACUUCCCCAUGGCACACACAGCCCCUCCUCCCCUGGAGGAAGCUGGCCCAGCUAAAGAAACUCGCCAGUGGCGGAUGAAUAAAAACCCUGAAGCCCCCGUGAUACUCCCCCUCCGUCCUUACGGGCCAAUGAUUGACAAUGGCCAUGGAGGAGAAAUGCAAGCCUACCAGUAUUGGCCUUUCUCCUCUUCAGACCUAUAUAACUGGAAAAAUAACAAUCCCCCUUUUUCCGAGGACCCCACCCGGCUCACAGGUCUGGUUGAGUCAUUGAUGUGUUCACACCAGCCUACUUGGGAUGACUGCCAACAACUCCUAGGCACUCUCUUCAUGACAGAGGAACGAGAGAGAAUCCUCCUGGAAGCUAGAAAAAAUAUCUUCGGACCAGACGGGCGACCGACACAACUUCCCAACAUAAUCAAAGCCGACUUCCCCUUGAACCGACCCAACUGGGACCCCAACACCCCUGAAGGUAGGGAACAUCUGCCAACUUAUCACCGGGCUCUAAUAGUGGGUUUCCGAGCGGCCGCUAGGUGACCAACUAAUUUGGCCAAGGUAAGAGAGAUUAUUCAAGGGCCUGAUGAAUCUCCCUCUAUGUUUCUAGAGAGAAUUAUGGAGGCAUAUAGGAGAUAUACUCCUUUCGAUCCUCAGGCAGAGGAUCAAAAGGCAUCUGUCACGAUGGACUUUAUUGGGCAAGCUUCCCUGGAUAUUAAAAGAAAGUUACAAUGCUUAGAUGGAUUACAAGAUAUGACUUUGAGAGAUUUGGUCAGAGAAGCCGAGAAGGUAUACUAUAAGAGAGAAACUGAGGAAGAGAAGGAGCAAAGGGAGGAUGAGAGAAGCAAAAGACAGACUAAGGCAUUGACUAAGGUCCUGGUCACAACAACAAAUAGGCCAGAAAUUAAACAGGGAGACAGGAAGGGAUACCUGGGCCCACGCCAGAGGCCACCUCUGGCCUCAGAUCAAUGUGCCUACUGUAAAGAAAAAGGACACUGGGCCAAAGAGUGCCCUAGAAAGAGACAGCCACGCCAGCCAGCCAUUCUAACUCUGGAGGAUGACUAGGAAAGUUGGGGCUCAGAUCCCCUCCCCGAGCUCAGGGUAACUUUUGAAGUGGAGGGGACCCCAGUAAACUUUGAAGUGGAUACAGGGGCAGUAUACUCAGCCCUUAAGGCCCCAUUGGGCCCUCUAUUAAAUAAAAGGUCUCUAAUUCAAGGGGCUAACAGCAGUAAAUAUCGGGCUUGGACAACUAAGAAGACCAUGGACCUGGGGAAAAGAAAAAUCCAUCACUCCUUACUAGUAAUCCCAGAAUGCCCAGCCCCAUUGAUGGGCAGAGAUCUGCUCACCAAGCUCCAGGCCAAAAUAACUUUUAACCCUGAAGGCCCCCAAAUGAAAUUUCUAAAUCCUUCAGUAAAAACUCCUAUAGUCAUGGCUUUAACUAUGUCAGUAGAAGAUGAACAUCAACUCUUCACACCCCCCAAGACUGAUCAAACAGGCAAGCUACCCCAGAAAUGGAUAACAGAUUACCCAGAUGCCUGGGCAGAAACUGCUGGGUUAGGCCUAGCCAUGAAACAACCUCCAAUAACAGUGGAGUUAAAAACCUCAGCCUCCCCAAUCAAUGUCAAACAAUAUCCUUUGAACAAAGAAGCUAAAGAUGGGAUAAGGCCCCAUAUUCAGAAAUAUCUGGCCUUAGGGGUCCUAAGGCCCUGUCAAUCGGCCUGGAACACUCCCCUGCUACCAGUAAAAAAGCCAGGAACUGGGGACUAUUGCCCCGUACAAGACCUAAGAGAGAUCAACAACAGAGUGUAGGACAUUCACCCCACGGUACCUAAUCCAUACAAUCUGCUUAAUACUCUAAACCCUGAGCAAAAAUGGUAUACUGUUCUGGAUUUAAAAGAUGCUUUCUUUUGCUUGCCUCUGCAUAAAGAUAGUCAGUUGCUGUUUGCUUUCGAGUGGGUAAACCCAGAAACCAGAACGUCUGGUCAACUAACUUGGACUAGACUCCCACAGGGGUUCAAAAACUCCCCUACUCUCUUUGAUGAAGCCCUCCACAGAGAUCUCAACAACUUCAGAACUAUGCACCCUGAAGUCACCCUGCUUCAAUAUGUGGAUGACCUGCUACUGGCAGCUGACACCAAGGAAAACUGUGAGUCUGGAACCCAAGCACUAUUAUCCGAGCUUGCUCAACUUGGGUAUAGAGCUUCUGCCAAAAAGGCCCAAAUUUGCCAGCAAGAAGUAAUCUUCCUGGGCUAUUCCCUUAGGGGCGGUAAACGAUGGCUCACUGAGCCCAGAAAACAAACUGUUGUGCAGAUACCACCCCCAUCUAACAGGAGGCAACUCAGAGAGUUUCUUGGGACUGCUAGCUUUUGCAGGUUAUGGAUACCUGGGUUUGCGUCCUUAGCUGCUCCUUUAUACCCGCUGUUAAAGGGAGAUGCCCAAUUCCAAUGGAACCCUGAGCACCAGCAAGCUUUUGAUAACAUCAAAAGGGCGCUGCUAUCUGCUCCGGCCUUAGCACUCCCGGAUGUAGAAAAACCCUUUACUCUCUACAUUGAGGAAAAGAAAGGAAUAGCAUGAGGAGUGCGCACUCCUACUCUAGGACCCUGGAAAAGACCUAUAGCCUACUUGUCUAAAAAGCUGGACCCAGUGGCUGGUGGAUGGCCCCAUUGCCUAAAAGCUAUAGCAGCGGUGGCCCUACUAAUCAAGGAUGCUGAUAAGUUAACGCUGGGGCAGAAACUAACCAUUAUAGCCCCCCAUGCCCUAGAGAGCAUCAUCCGCCAGCCACCAGACAGAUGGUUAUCAAACUCUAGAAUAACACACUAUCAGAGCCUGUUGCUUGACAAGGACAGAAUAAUGCUGGCCCCCCCCGCCCCGCUUAACCCGGCUACACUACUACCUGAACAAUCAUCAGGACCCGUCACUCAUGACUGUCAACAUAUACUGGCAGAAGAAACCAGUAUACGACGGGAAUUAAAGGAUCAGCCACUGCCCCACCCUGAGGUCAUAUGGUUCACUGAUGGCAGCAGCUUCCUCCAGGACGGUAAGCAGCGGGCUGGGGCAGCAGUAGUUAGCAGAACUAAAGUCAUCUGGUCCUCAAGCCUCCUGGAGGGAACAUUAGCUCAAAAGGCAGAGCUGAUCGCCCUCACGAAGGCAUUAGAGCUAGCGGCAGGCAAAAAGGCCACCAUAUACACAGAUAGCCGCUAUGCCUUCGCUACCGCUCAUAUACACGGGGCUAUCUACCAGCAAAGGGGACUAUUAACCUCGGCGGGAAAGGAAAUAAAAAACAGAGAUGAGAUCCUCCGCUUCCUCUCAGCAAUGCAAAGCCCUAGGGAACUAGCUAUAGUGCACUGUCCAGGACACCAGAAAGGAAACGAUCCCGUAGCGGUCGGGAACAGGAGGGUGGAUGAAGAGGCUAAAUUGGCAGCCCUAAACAGAGUAACCAUGUUAACACUUUCCACACCGGGGGAACAUAAGUCAGGAGAUUUAACUACGUCGGAGCACCCCGACAACUUACAUCUAAGGACACUGACACUGAACUCCUCCACUUCACUGAGCCCAGCCUGCAAUUUCAGAAAGCACCUACGAGGAACCAGACCAGGACAAUUCUGGGAAAUGGACUUUACUGAAAUUAAGCCAGCAAGGUAUGGACUUAAAUAUCUCCUAGUUUUUGUAGAUACAUUUUCAGGAUGGAUUAAAGCCUUCCCCACAAAAACAAAAACAAAAACAAAAAAAAACAAAACGACGCAAAUGGUGGUCAAAAAGAUCCUGGAAGAUAUUUUUCCAAGAUACGGCCUGCCUAAGGUAAUAGGGUCUGAUAAUGGACCGGCGUUCAUGGCCCAGGUAAGUCAGGGGUUAGCCAGGACCCUGGGGAUUAAUUGGAAGUUACAUUGUGCUUAUAGACCCCAGAGUUCAGGACAGGUAGAAAGAAUGAAUAGAACCAUUAAAGAGACCUUAAUGAAAUUAAGCUUAGAGACCGGCAUAAAAGAUUGGACUAUGCUCCUGCCUUAUGCACUGUUUUGCAAAAAAAAAAAUACUCCCUCUGUUUCUUUGUGUAACCUCACCCCCUAUGAAAUUCUCUAUGGUGCCCCUCCUCCAGUAAGGGACCUAACCCCAACUCUAAGACCUAAUGAUCCCUUCCACACCCCCUUGCUUGACAGACUUAAAGCUCUUGAAAGAACUCAGUCAUACCUGUAAAAACAGCUGGCUACUGCCUACCAACCUGGGGAUGAAGGGACUCCACACCGAUAUCAAGUAGGAGACUUCAUCUACGUAAGACGACAUCAGGUGUCAUCCCUGGAACCCCGCUGGAAAGGACCAUACCAGGUGCUACUUAUAACACCUACAGCGGUAAAGGUAGACGGAAUCACUUCCUGGAUCCAUGCCUCUCAUCGCAAGCCUGCGCCCUGUCCAGACUCUGGCUGGAAAUUGGAAAAGACUGGUAACCCUCUCAAAUUGCGUAUUCGCCAAGUUGUCCCAUAUACCAUAAACCCUAAUUCUAGGAUGGUUUGUGUCAUCCAGCUGUACAACUCAGGUUUCUGUUGGCUUGAAGGUUGUGGCUCCCAGUGCUGCACACUCUUGUCAGACUCACUUAAAAGAUCCCAAAGGGCCACAAAUUAUGGCAAUUGUUAG